AUGGCUGGAUCUCGUUCACCAAGAACCACUCGCUCCAAGACACGACGCUCUAUCAUGUCGUCGCAAAAGUCCAACAUCAAGACUUGGGCACGUCAUCAGAAGCCUGUGCCUGCCCGCCUGACCAAGGACAAGGAGCAGACCAAGGCCACUCCUCAGCCUGUUGCUUCUGUCCCCACAUCACCCUACUACCAGUCUGCUCUGAUCCAAGCACAACUCACCAAAUCUUACCAAAAACCUCGUCUUGCUGCACCUGCUGCUCCUUCAAGGCACACUGGCUCAUCAUCAGAAUCAUUCCGCUUCCUUGAUCUUCCUGCCGAGAUUCGUCUCAUGAUCUAUGGCUACGCUGUGACUGAGCCUGAGCCUCUUUACAUCGACACUUUGGCUGCUCCUCCUGCCAUCACUCGCGUCUGCCGCCAAACUCGUCGAGAAGCAUUGCCCGUCUUCCUUGGCAGCAACUCUUUCAUCACGCUCUUCAGCUCUGUCCCUGGUAUCGAUGUCACCUGCCCUGAGCCUUGCUGUCUUACCAAGUACACUACUUCCUUCUCACCUGCUUCCGAGUCAUGGCUCUCUACCCUGCCCCCUUCGCAACCUCUCAUCCGCGACAUGAGCUUCACUCUUCAGCCCUCCACUUGGGAUUCGGAGUCUGAGAUCUCAGCAGACUUCCGCAUGAUUGAUGGAAAGCUUGCUCACGGUCCUGACUGCCCCUUCUGCAUUAACGGCUCCUAUGGCAAUGUCGCCCCUAUCUCUUUUACCCACCCUGCUGUACCUGACAGCCUCAAACUCCUUAUGAGCCACGCUCAACAGAUCCACGACGCUGAGCUCGACGCUGUCAACACUGUACUGCAGUUUGGCAAAGGCCUCAGCCUAUAUGAUAUCGUCGCCUUCACCAAGGCUUUCACCGGCCCUAGCGAAGUCAUCACUGCCAGACAAUGUGAUCAACAGCGUCUCGUCGAGCACUUCAAAGAGUCGCUCGAGGAGUGGGACGCUGCUAAGGCCGAUGCCAGAUACGAGAUUCAAGAAGAUCUCAGACGUACCUCAGAUGACCUCUGGUCUGAGAAGGAGAAGUGGUGUGGAUCCAUGUGA